UUGCAGAGGUUAAUGGAUGACUUCCGCAAGUGGAAACUACUGCGUCAUGAUAACAUUCUUUCAUUGUACGGGAUUACCUACGGAUUUGGUCCAGUACCAGCCAUCGUAUUUCCAUGGAUGACCAACGGAUCCUUGAGCACGUAUCUUGGUAAAAACUAUGACAGUCUCUCUGGGGCUCACAAGUUCACUUUGCUUGCUGAUGUAGCUGCUGGUCUUCAAUAUCUCCACUCUAAGGGGGUGGUUCAUGCGGAUCUCACAGGUAGCAAUGUACUCAUCAAUAAAGACGGAAGGGCUCUUGUAGCAGACUAUGGGCUCUUGACUACAUGUUCCGACCUGAACGGGACCUCUUACAUCAGGAGUAACGUACGAUGGUCUGCGCCUGAGCUCUUCGAAGUUCCAGACACCGAGGAUGCAUCUAGCUCACCAAGACUAGAAAGUGACAUUUACUCAUUUGGAUGCAUCGCAUACCAGGUCUUAUCAGGCAAGCAGCCGUACUGUAACAUUCGCAGUGAUCACCAGGUGGUUGUGGCCAUCCUCAAAGGUGUCAAGCCUAAGCGUCCAGACAUCCCUGCUAUUGAAGAUUGUCACUGGAACUUUAUCGAGCAAUGUUGGGUUGAGUCAUCACAGCGACCUCCUAUUGCUGAUGUCCGAGAUUUGAUGUCUCACUAUAGAGAUGCUAUGUGUUAA